GCCGUACACUCGCAGUAAGGACACGGACAGCUGCGCGCGCGCGCGAGCGAGCAAGCAAAACCACCGUCCCGGUUUUUAACACGGUAAAAAAAGAAAAGUUUAGCGCGCGUCAAGUUCACAGGAUUUGAUUUGGCUUGAUUUGAGAGCGGCUGAAAGGGAUUUUCCUCCUGAAUAACACACAGGACACUGCUUGGAGCAAGUCUGGGACAAGUUUAAAGCAACACAACGUUACUUUAAUGCGCUCGGACAGGAGAGGAAAAGACUAUGGUAUUGUCUGUAAUAAUACUUUCCCAUGGAUCUUCAGCAGCGCAGGCUCAUGAGCUGUGUUUGUCUUUCAUUUGGACAUCUUGUCCACAGAUGAGCUCCGAACACUCAGUGGCAGCAGGGGAUUUACUGAAAAGCAUCGCGCGGGCUUCUGGAAGAACGAGUAACAAGAGAGUGAAGGAAGAAAGAGCUUAAGAGAAACAGACUUGUAUACCCUGGGCUGAUUGUCAGCAGCAACAUGAAGCUCUUCCUCCGUCUGCUGCUACCCCUGCUCCUCUAUCUGCAUUUGGCAUCCUGGGCAUUGGCCAGUAACUGUCCAAAAGACUGUUCUUGUUCAAGUCCAGACUCCAUUUUCUGUUAUACACGCCAGGCCACUACCAUGCCUUCUGACGUGCCUGCAUCAACGAAAAACCUGUAUGUCUUCAAGAAUGGCAUUGAGACCCUAGCCCAGGAAGAUUUUAUUGGAUUGGAAAGCCUAGAGAUGCUGGACCUAAGUCAGAACAAGCUGAAUGAACUGCCAGAUAGUGUGUUUGAGCCGCUAUCUUCCCUACGUAACCUGGAUCUUUCAUCUAACCAAAUCACCCAUAUUUCUCAGGAGAGUUUUACUGGACUGGAGUUGCUGGAAAGGCUGUAUCUUCACAGUAACAGCAUAAGGAGUAUACACCCUGCAGCCUUUGAUGGUCUGGAGCAGUUGCUUGAGUUAAAACUGUACAGAAAUGAGCUGACAAAAGUACCUGCUCUUAAAAUGCCCCAUCUGCUUCUACUGGAUCUGCGGUUCAAUAAAAUCCCUUCACCAGGGCCAGCUGACCUUCAGACACCCAAAUUAGAGUCACUUAAAUUGGGUGGAUUAGGGCUGAGCACCCUGAAUCAGGAACUCUUGGGUAGCUUCAAGAACCUUCAUGAGCUUGAUAUUUCAAACAAUAAACUAAAUCAUUUUCCUCCAGUGAUCUGGGAGGCAAGGGGCUUGGUCAGACUCAGUUUAGCUGGCAAUCCCAUGGGUCCUUUAAAGUGGGAACAUUUUGAGAAACUGACUGAGCUUCAGGAUUUGGACAUCAGCAACCUCAGCCUGCAGAGCUUGCCUGAUAACAUGACCCUGCUCUUCCCUCACUUGACAAAACUUACUGUUGCAGAGAAUCCCUUUAACUGCCUCUGCACACUGGCCUGGUUUCCCAGCUGGCUGCGUAAUAAACCGAUAUUGCUGGGAAGGACAGAGGAGACACGCUGUCAUUUCCCACCCCGGAAUGCAGGAAAGGUGCUGGAAAGACUAGGACAUCAAGACUUUGGAUGCCCUGCAAGGACUACUAUCAGGCCAGCUAAGACCACCACACUGGCCCCACCUCUGAUCACUACUGUGCACAGCACAAUGCGUGCAAUUCCCCCUCUUAAGCCCAGUGAUGAACCUUCUUCAGAGACAAACAGUCAUCCUUUACCUCCAGCCCUACCUUCCCCAAGCAGCAGUACAGACUCAGAUCUGAACAUGAGUUUUUGUCCAUCUAAUAUCUGCCUAAAUGGAGGCACAUGUUGGCUGGAUCAUCAGGGUCACUUUGAGUGCACUUGUCCUCAUGGGACUUCAGGGAAAUAUUGUGAGAAUAGUGAGGAUUUGGCUCUACCUGAAAAUGUCUCUACAGCAACAGUCAGUGUGAUGUCUGAAAUCUUUGCACAAACAGUAACAAGCUCAUCUAUACUGCUGUACCUUUAUCGCUACAUUGAGAGACGCCCAUAUAUCCGUGGAGUUAAACUAACUUAUAAAAACCUCUCAGGAUCAGAUAAGCGUCCAAAACAACUCAACAUUCCAGCCUCUUAUCCAGAGUACACACUGCGUGGACUACUUCCUAAUUCCACAUAUUCCAUCUGUGCCAGUCCACUGGAUGAGCCUGGUGAUGUACUCAGCGUAUGCACAGAGGCUCAGACAUUAAACCUGCAGCACACCAGUGCACAAGUAGAGGAUCCACGGCUUACAACAAUGCUUGUGCCAGCAUUGGCUAGUCUUCUCCUGUUAGUGCUGGUGGCUGUUGCUGUUGGUGUAGCUUGGUACAUACACAAAAAAAAGAGAGAACAAUUACACCUGUAUUGUGACCCUUCACAAUUGGAAUUGGAGGGUGUUAAAGUAGGUUUGGACAAUGGAGUCCUGCCCCAAAAGCAGCCAGACAUGAUGUCCUCUCAAUCAGUGGUGCAGAAAGAUUACUUGGACUAUGAGAUGCCACUCAUACAAGACUGCUGUGUUGCAAACAAUAUGAACACUGUAAAGCCAUCCUGAGAUUGAUACGUGGGGCUAUUUUAAAGGGCAUGGAAAGCCUGAAUUCUAUGACCUUGUCUUCACAGUUUCAUCAAAAAAACAAAAACAAACAAAUAAAAAACAAAAGACAGAGAUGGUGAGAAAUGCUGCCUUUUUAAGUGUCUUCAGUGAAAACCAAAAAAACUGUAUUUUUGGCAAAAAUGUAGCACAAAAAUGGUUGAACCAUUUUAGGCAAGAUUUUGCUGAGUGUGGAACUCAACAACAGUUGUACUUGAACAAUUGUACAAGUUGAACAAUGUCCAACAUGUGUGCUGGAAAAUGAAGAUGAGGACAUCUUUACUUGCUUAUAGACUGAUAAUUGUGUUGCUUUUGAUUGCGAGACAUGAAGCCAACACUUGCAUUUUUGUGUACAUUACUAUUUGGAUAUUUUGUGUAUUUUCUCUGUGUGUGUGUGUGUGUGUGUGUGUGUGUGUGUGUGUGUGUGUGUGUGUGUGUGUGUAUGUGUGUAUAUAUAUAUAUAUAUAUAUAUAUAUAUACAUACAUACAUACAUACAUACACGCGCACACACACACAAGUUCUUCUUCCUUUCCCUCUAGUGACUAUGAGGCAGACAACAAAGUUCCAAAAUCUUUGAAGACUGAAACAUUUUUUUACAAAGAAGUCAAUCAAAGGAUCGUUUCUGCAAAGACAGUCACAGUCUAAAGAGCUAAAAGUCACAGGGUGGACAUGAAACUAACUAAAGCUCCUCUUAUAUUUGAAUCUAGAUUUUACUUCCCCCAAAGGGGAUCUCCAAAAACAAGGGUUAUUAAAUUUAGAAAGGUAAACAUUCUACUGAAAUCCCCAUCAGCACAUUUAAUUUAUUAUCUGCAUCAGACAGGCGUAAACGUUUUAGAAAUUUGCUUAUAAUUGUCAUCUCACCACACUAAUUAGUAAGCAGUAAAAACCCUCUGCACCAUGACCAGUUUAGACAAGAGUUCCUGUAUGUCAUAUAAAUAUCAUGAAAGAUCCUGUUGUAACAUACGGUAUAUUUCUAAUGAAUGUAUGUUUUCAUACAGACACUUUAGUGAGUACCGUUUCUGUAUCAAUAUUUACUGUGUAAAGGUUAAAAAAAAAAAAAAAAAAAAGGGGACAUUAGCUGUGUAAUUCUAUGAUUGCGGUGUCAUUUGUGUCCCACUGAUGGUAAAUUUAAAAUAUGUAUAUAAAGUGAUGGUAAAAUGCUUUUUUAAUAUAGGAAAAGUGGUCUACCACUUUUCACUUUGAAAUAUAAUCAUUACGAACUUCAAAAAUUGUAUUAUGUUUGCAUUAAUGUGUGAAUCCAUUUAACAUCUCAUGCUUGAACAUUUUUCACGUGUUGUCCAUUAUAGUCCAUGAAAGACAGUUGAAAGUACAUUUUAUUUGUGUUCAGGUAACAAACCCUGUUACCUGAACACAUUCACCCCUAUGAAAUAUUUGCAAUAUUCCAUAAGUCAAAUGUUCAGUCUGAAGAUAUAUAAUUUCCUGAAGAUCAUGGGAAGAAGAAAUUUAAGUUCUUUUUGUGCUUUUUUUACACCCUUGUUCAAUUAUAUUAUUAUGUUGACUCACGACUGUGUGACCCAAAUUACAGAAUAAAAGUAAAUUAUUCAUUAAAAAAUACUUUUAAGUACAUCAGUGGAAUGUCUUUAAAUGUCCUCAUGUCUUUAGCAUGGAUGAUAGUUAACCAAUUUGUGUCUAUUUGGUAAUUCUAUUAAAAAGUAAUGAUAAA